CCCUGUCACAACACAAUAUUCCAGCAGCCUCGAGAAUACUCCAGUACCACUCGAACGAAUUACAAACACGAGAUAUCACGUCACCUAUCGUGACUCCUACGUGCCUUCCGACGGGCAUAAAUACCCCCCGUUGAGGUCCACAGUUCCAUCCCAUCAUCAUCGAAAAACACAAGCAUCUCUCGAACGAACAGCGAAAAAAAAACAUCCACAUCGAUUCCAAACCCAAACCAAUUCUACAACCUCUACUCCAAAUCAAUCGCAAUGUCUUUCAUCAACGCUCUCAACGAUCCCCUCUUCCGCCUUCUCCUCGACCAGGACUCCACCAGCAACCGCAAAGCGUUCGCUCCCAAUUUCGACGUGCACGAGACGGCGUCCGCGUACAUCCUCGAGGGUGAGCUCCCGGGCCUCUCGGACAAGAGCGCCGUCAACAUCGAAUUCACGGAUAGCCAGACCGUGGUCAUCGCCGGCAAGGUCCAGCGCUCAUUGCCAUCCGGCACCGCCACCCCCGAACAGCAAGUCGAGGAGAAGAAGUCCGACGAAAAGAAACCCGAGAACGGCGAGGGUCACGUCAAGAAGCCCGCGAAGAAGGAUCUCUCCCCCAAGGUCUGGGUCAGCGAGAGGAGUGUCGGCAGCUUCAGACGCGUGUUCAGAUUCCCGAGCCCUGUGGAUACCGACGGCGUCAAGGCGAGCUUGGAACAUGGAAUCUUGUCCAUGACCGUACCCAAGAGGAAGGCGGAGAAGAAGAGGAUCUCGAUCGAGUAAAUUUUGUGCGGGACGGGUGGAGAGAAAUGUCUUGGACGUCCUUUGUCUGUCUCUGAGGUGGUUGCAUGCUGGGUGUUCUUUUGUGCAUUGAUGGGUUCGGCGUAGCUCAGUAUGGUGUUCUAUUUUCUUAUCUUCAUUCCUUAAUUGUUCUGUAUAACAUUAGUAUGAUGUAGGUACUUCAUUCAGAGUACUCUACUGGUGGUGCUUUAAUGGAAG